AUGAUGCAGCCGUCUGUCGCGCCUCCAACCAAGGCGUACCUCCUCGAGAAGAAGAGCGGCGGGAUCGCCGAGAUCAAGCACCGCGGCCUCAAGGAGAAGAUCCCCGUCAUCAAGCACCUUGGCGGCGGCGGCGGCGACGACGACGACUUGAAUGGCAGGGCACCGAUUCGCGCCGUCCUCCAGAAGGUGGACGUCGGGCUCAAGAAGAUCACGGGCUCGAUUACCGAUUUGCUCGGUGACGACCUCGGCGGCUUGCUCGACAACCUCCUCAAAAAGGUCUAUUCGUUCGUCAAGAACAACGCGCUCGAGCUGGUCAAGACUCUCCUUCGGGAGCUGGCCCACUGCGGUGGCCUCUUUGAGUCGCUCGAGGCCCGCGAGCAAAGCUUCACACGAGACGCCUCCUCGCAGGGCUUCCUCCACCGCAUCGCCGGCAAGGUCAACCGCACCAUCGAGCAGGUCCUCCGCGCCAUCAAGGGCCUCCUCAGCGGCGAGCCGGGCGGCAUCGAGAGACUCCUUGGGAGGCUGCUCCCCCACGAGCUCUUUGGAAAGAUCCGGGGGAUGCUCAACAGAAUCUUCCGCACCGACGACGCGGCGGAUGGGAAGACAGCCCUCGACGGCAUCUUCAAUGGCUCCCUCCGCAAGCUCUUCAAGAAGCUCAACAAGUUCAUCUCGUCCAUCUUCGAGACGCUGAACGACUUGCUCGCCAACCUCAACUCGCUCGUCGUCGGCACCCUCCAGAAGACGGGCGAGCUCGACAAGAACGUCUUCGAGGGCAGGGUCUUCAGCAGCAUCAAGUCGCUCGUCCUCUACGUGCUCGGCGACACGCUCGGCUUCGUCAAGAACACGCUCAACCGGGUGGGCGGGUUCCUCAAGCGGCUCUCUGCCAACGAGGCGGCGGAGCCGGAUGGCAUCACCUGUAACUCGGGCUGCGGCGGCAUCGGCGGCCUCAUCGACCGGGUGCUUGGGCGGGUGCUCGGCCUCACCGGCAACAUCCUCGAGGGCGUCUUCAAGAUCGGCGAGGCGAUCGAGAAGCUGCUCGGCGGAGCCAUUGGCAACCUGCUAGAGCACUUCAAGAGCGGCUUCAUCGGCGGGCUCGAGACGCUGCGCGGCAUCAUCAAGGGGCUCCUCUGCGGCUGGCUGCCCUGCAUCCUGAGCAGCAUCGACGCUUUCCUCUCCGAGAUCGCCGGCACGAUCGGAUGCGGCCUCGAGAAGGUGAAGAAGGGCCUGCGAGCCAUCCUCCGCGGCGACGAUGACGACCCCGACGCCAAGGGCGUCCUCGGCCACGCUGGGGGAUUCAUCCGGUCCAUCAUCGGCCAGGUCGGCGACGUCCUCGACGGCAUCCUGCCCGGCAUCCGCGGCCGCGUCAAGGGUCUGCUCGAGAAGGUCUUCGGCACCGACGAGACCGCGGGCCUGCUGCGGACCAUCUUCGGGCUCGUCCGCGAGCUGGUCGGAUUCGGCGACAAGCUGACCGAGCACAUCCUCAGCGCGGUCAAUGGCGCUGUCGGAGACCUGCUCGGAGACCUCUUCGGGGCGCUCUCCCCGAUCGCCGAGAAGAUCGGAGGCUUCCUCGGCGGCAUCGACGACGCCGUCGUCGGGCUCGUCGAGCGCGUCGUCACGCGGGUACUGAUAUGGCGCCUCCGGGUCGCAGCGGCUCUUGUGGUGCGCGUCGAGCACCAGUGGCGUGACGUUCUGAAGUCGGCGUAG